AUGAAAGAAGCUGAAAAUCUAAAUGCGGGAAUCACCAGGAUGCUUACUGUAGAACAAGUCUUAUAUAUGUUAGACAAAUGGAUUAUAGAACCAGAAAUUAAACAUGAAUUAAAAUUAGCUUUUAAGGCGAGUUUAGUAAAAGUUUUCGACACAGAAAAACGCAAUUUUUUAGAAAUCGAUGAAUUAAGGGUUAUUGUUAGUUCGUAUGGGGAAGCUUUUAAUGAAAACGAAAUCAGAGAAAUGCUUCGUGAUGCAAAUGUGCGCGGCGAUGGCAAUGUUUUUUAUGAUGACUUUGUUGAAAGUCUAUUUAACGUUGCACCCGAAUUGUAUGACGUAAAGACUGAAUAUUUAUAUGAAAACGCUGAUGAAGAUCCUUCUGUACCCCCUGAGCCAGUUCCAGAAGAAGAAGAACCACCGGCGGAGCAAGGAAAGAUUCCAGCUGCGACGGCAGGAAAGAAAUAA